CGCACUUUCUCAGCUUCACUCGCACAAGCGACAGUGCCGUAGUAGCCUGUCUGUACGCUUUGCUUUGUUUUCCUUUGUCCUCGGUUUUCCCUUUCUAGGCAGCACUUCCCUUUCCUUCCUGCUGGCUACAGCGGUGGCCGGAACUGUGGUGUAUGUAGACCGGCGCACCGAGGAAGCCUAAAGGGGGGCAACCACGUUCAGGUCUAAACGUUACCCCCUCCUCCCUGACACCCCCACCACACGCACGCCCUCGUCUCCCCCAUACCUCUGUAGGCGAGGAGACGCUCGCUGCUUGAGGCACCGUUCGUGGUCAGUGCAGCGCGGGCGCCCGAAACUGGUGCGUCUCGGAAGGUCUCCUGGUGAAGUCGUAGACGACGUGUCUGUGGUACAGUCGUGCCUGUUGUACAGUGGUGGGUGUCGUCGUCAUCCUCGUCACAGGUCGCCAGCGGCCGGACCCCCGAGGAGCGUGUGCAACCAGCCGUGUGAGUCGACGGCGCGGGGUGCCCCGCACGCCCGCAUUUUGUCGCGCUUGAGACCUCUCGGAGGAAAAGUAUCGAGGACUUUUUUUUUCGGUGCGUGGGUAUCUGUACUCUUCGAGAAAACACUCCCGCCCCUUCCAACGCCGUCGCGGUGCGUUGAAAAGCGCCGACGCCGGCCGGAUCAUCGGCUCAUCGAACGAGAAGCUCAGCCGAUGAAGAUGGCAUCGAUCCCGGUAUUCCUGGUCCUCUGCUGCUGGUUGGCAGCAGAAGCCAGCGGUCAGCGCUUCCAGCAGCAACGACUGGAACAGACAACCGUGGAACGGCACCCACAGGAGAAGCAAGAGGAUGCACCGUAUUAUCAGGAUUCCGCCCUGCCGCGGUCGGCACCGGCCCUACCUCGCUACUAUCCUCCAGCGCCCGUUCAUUACGUCAGCAUCGGCGAGAAGCUGGAUGGCGAGUACCGGUUCGGCUACGACUCCGGUAACGGGCCCCUGGGACACAGCUUCCGCCAGGAGUUCCGGCUUCCAGAUGGCAGCAUCCGCGGUUCCUACGGCUACGUGGACUCCAGGGGACACAUGCGCCGCGUGCACUACACAGCCGGCAAGAGCGGCUUCGUCAUACUUAAGGACGAACGCAUCUUGGACAAGGAGCCCCCGAAGGACACACUCCUCGAAAAGGACGACUUGCCCAGCACCACGGCUUCCCCUGCAAAGAGCGACGAAGUGCCACAGCGAGCCCAACAGCUACUGCCACGAGCGCCGCAGUUUCAGGAGGAAAGCCGCAAUGUGGAGACGCAGCAGUCGCCCAGGGCCCAAGUGGCACCCGUGCCACUGCCUUCCAAGUCGGCGCAGGAGAUCCAGGCCGAGUACUUCCGUAGCCGACUUCACGCCUCGGGCACGGUGGCCCGCGAGCAGUACGCUGAACCAGACGCCGCGGUUCAGCCCACUGUUGUAGCCGAGGAGCAACCUCCACAGCAGCCCCCGCAGAAGCCCCGUAUCGCCAGGCCUCGCCCGCACAGGAGGAGGAAGCGCCCAAAGAAGACUACCACCACCACCUCCACCACUACCACUGAGGCUCCCGCACAGGAGGUGAAGAGCGAAGAAGCUACCAAAGAGGAAGAGUCACCAAAAGUCGUUGAGGCACCGGAACCUCAACCCUCACCAGCUCCUCAGCGCCCCUCUUCUAUCGUGAGACCGAGAAAACUUCACCGACCACCUUUGGCUAACUUGCCCCCACCAGGACAGCGCCAAACGUCCGUGCAAGGACCACCUCCUCUGCAGUCACCGCCACUAGAACAAGGACCACAGCUGGCACAGUUUCCAAUUCCAGAAGUGCGGAGGCCCACUCAACUUCAACGGGUUGCGACCGAAGAGCAAGAGCUUCCACAAGCUCAAAGACCUGUUCAAGGUCACGGAGCUCCGCAAGUAAUCCAAAGGCACCGGCGACCUCCGGCCACCGCAGCACCGGAUCAAGAGCGUCAGCCGCAAGGGCCUCGAGAUAUAGAAGUUCACAGACCGCCUCAGCGCUUCGGUUCGGCACGACGCCAAUCCCAUAUUGUGCGCGAACCAGAAGUUCAACGAGCCCCACCCACACGCGCUGAGCCAGCCGUCGAACCCUACGUGCCACCGCCAUCUCUAGUCGACUCAACACAUGGCAUUGCAGCAGGAACAAACUUCGGCUUCGGCAUGCGGCUGAGUGGAAGGCGCUCCUCACAGACCAUUGUGGCUCAGUCAGAUCAAAGCCGUGACCCCGACGUUCAGGCAGAGGAGCGACCGACUGUUUCACCGCGCCACAGGAGCCGUUACCAUACAACUAGGCGAACUCGCCGACCCACGCUCUCCAUUGAAUCUGAGUUUCCCGACUUACCGGUAACCAGGGCACCGCACCGAGCAGCCGCUGGUUUGUCAUCUAAGAGAAGGCGAGUUAAAGUAUCUAGACCUCUACAGCUUCCACAGGUAUCCACUGAAGAAGUCACGACACCUAUACCCGCAACAACUACCCCGGAGCCUUUGCCAACGACUACUUCCAGCAUUGUGACACCUGGUACCCUUCCGGUCAGCACUGUAUCCUCGACGCCUGGGCUGGUGACUCCCGUAUUUCCUUCGGCAGAACAGUCGUUCUACAGAACGCAUGGACUUCCACAGGGUCCUUACAACACGUACGGCCAAGCUGUCACGGUGCCUCAGCAACCGUUAACUCAGCCUUCUGUAUUGACUCCCCCAGUCACCCAGGCCGACACGGCGGCUGUCACUCCGGCACCUAUAGAAACGCCUCCAUCAGCCGGUAAAGAGCCUGAUACCUCUCCUGUUAGGCCUGUGGACCUGCCAAACACAAUUGUGUCACAGCAGAGACCACUACUAGGACAACCAGGGGCGUUCCCACUGCCCCCUCGUAGCCAAUUUGGACAGCCCUCUUUGUUACCCGGGCAGGCACCACCACACCUAAGUUCUCCAUUCCCUCAAAGGCCCAUCUAUCAGCUGCCAGGAUUUAACCCUGGACAAGGUCCUCCUGUCCCACAGCACUAUUUUCCAGCCCUUGGAGCGCCAUUUGUGCCCCGAAACAGCACAUUCGUGGAAAACGUUCCCGUGCCAGGCCAGCCAAGGGUACCAGAAGGUGCUCAGGCACAACCUCUAAGGAACAGGACAUCAGAAGCUUUUCCCCUUCCAGUUCAACGAAGCUUUGUUGACGCUUCGGGGGCGGCGCAAGGUGGUUUCGGACAGCAGCGACCAGCGUUGGCGAAUCCAUUCCCCGCAGUGCAACCCGCUCAUGUGUUCGGACCUCCUUCUGGCAGCGUUCCUCAAUUUGGCGGCUUUCAAAGCCAGUAUCCUGCGGCCCCAUUUCGUGGUGCGCCAACGCCAGGGCUUGUCGAUUCCCAAUUACGCGGUCAGGCUCCACUGACACUUCCCAACCAGGCUGCCGCCGCUGCUUCCCAAACAACUCCAAGUCAUCAGCGUAACAGUUUCGUCACAGAAGCGACACCAGGUGGCAACCAAGCAAAUGAUUUGGGAACGACGCCUCUAUCGCUAAGCUCUCGCUCCACGGCAGCCGAGGACCAGUAUGUGGAUGAUGUCGGCACCACUUUGCAACUACCCACACCUGCUCCACCUCCAGCGCCCUCGCUAUCCACUCUAAGUGGCGAUAGGACAACUUCCGCACCAUUCGACUACCAAACGCCGAGACCUUCAGGCCUACAAUACCAAACUCCAUCAAGGCCGGGCGAACAGUUUGCUACUUCACCCGGUGUGCCUCUAUACCAGACGACACCUAGGCCAGCACUGCAAUUUCAACAGUCUCUCGAACCACAGCAACGAACAACUCCGACUCCCCAGUCCGAGCCAUCUGCUCCUGGAGCACCACCGUCAAGCCAGAGCCAGUUUCGACUCGGCACACCACAGCAACAACAACAGAACACGCUUGGUGCUCAGCCACAGCUCAACAGUAUAGGAGGGGCACAGCAAGGUUACGAUCCUUUCCAGCAGCAGUUUGGAGGUGGAUACCAGGUUGGAAACAACCUGUUCAGUCCAGUUCAGCAAACGUCACAGGACCUCGGAGGCGGCUACCAGUAUCCAGAUUCUGGUCCAUUCCAGACGCAAUUCGGGGGGCCCUAUCAACCCCAGUAUACCACCAUUGAUGACUACUCACAGUAUCAGGGAUCUGGUCUAGGCGACAUAAGAGGAAGUGGGACAAAUCAACAGGGAUACAGGGCAACGACACCUCCUGUCGUCGACAGCAGAUUGCUUUCAUAUGACAUCGGGGUUCCCUACAGGUCAUAGUAUUCACGUCACUUCAUAUUUCGACGAAUGUCGGUAUUUUUACGUUACGUCCAGACAUGAAUGUACAGAGCGUAACAGUUGGGCAGCUUCUGUUUUUAGGUAUUUGAGGCGCUUGGAUGCAAGAGAUUUAGAUUGGUAGUCUCUGGACGAGAAGACAAAUUUACGAUUAGGGUUGUUCGACAAGGGCUGUGGAUUGUACGUGUGCAUCCGACUAUAUUGCUUUGUUAGCGCUUUGUUUCGUUAAAAAUGGUAAUGGUAAAAACAUCUUUGCGAUUACUGAUGGAACUAUUACAAGCUUCACAUCGAGGGCACGACACAUGUAGGUAUGAUGUACAGAAAAAGGAUACAUUCAGUUUACUUCUGUUAUUAGUAGAUGGGGCUUAAAAGUGUUAUAUUGCAGCAUGACGUGAUUAUUGAAACAUCACAUUAUUGGAGGAGCUUGACUUGGCGUUUGUUUUAUUUGUAUGGAGCUUAGUGGUAUGCUUGUGAGCAUAUGGCUAGGUUCGAUAAACGCGUCAGUGAAACAUCUUUAUUCAGACCUUCAACGUUUCUUUGAAGCAAUAUUUUCUGGUGGACACCUACAUGUCUAUUUUAGAGCGUAUCGAAUGAUUCUGUGUUUGCAUGCCUAUGUGUUCGUGCUCUACCUGCUCAUGCACUUUUAAUCACCUCAAAUAACCCAUUGUAUUGUUCAGCCGAAAGCUGAUUUCUUCUCAUACUGUCCCCUCAGGCAUGCAUGUCAUCUCCAUUUUCACUUAUUUGGUGAGGAAAAGUUGUAGCUGUAUGGAAAGCAUUUUCUAUACUUAGGCCAUACUCAAGGGACAUGAAGGCAGCAGUACAGUUUCAUCCUUUAAAAGCGAAGGAUACACAAAUUUAAGGUGAUUAGAAUGACUGAAACGACGCCAGAGUUUCAAUUACUUGUGAAUAUGGGAAUGUUUAUGCCCUUUCUCUAAAACGUAUGUGACUUUCAGAAAAUAGCAAAUGCCUCCAGUCUAUCGAAGAAAGUUCACAGUUUCGGAUGGCUGAUUAUAUUGGCAAUAUAAAAUGAUGGAAUCAAAGUGAAUCAAAAUAUUCAACAUGUGGAUGUAACUCGCCUUAGAGUAUUGAAGGAUUGGAAGAAUGAUGACGAGACUGGAGAGCUGCUUGAUUUUGCUAAAAGGUGACGAGAGCUUCGUAACCACAUUGUAUAAGCAAGCCACUCAUAAAUGGCUCAUGAUGCGAGAAAAAAUGUCGUGAGUUGGCUGAAAAAAUAUUUUUCUUGCCUAAAAUACAAAAAAUUUUGCACACAUUUACGAGCAAAACUGGCGAUAAUGAAAAUCCACAGCUGAAUUUUUCAGAGGCAAAACAUUCAAAUAGAAAUAAAAAGUACUUGAAUCAGAUGCUGUUAAGACAUGUAAAUGGCCAUUAGCUUUGCAGUAAUACAAAAAUUCCUGCAGUGAACUGUUCAGUAUAGAAGAUAUGCUGCUGCUUCUUUCUUUUUGCAUGCCCAAUUCCCAGGACAAAAUAUUUUUCAUAUUUCUAGUAGGGGGUGACUUCUCUCUGAGAUCCUGAACUUUUAUAUCUUAAUUCGCCUCACUGCAACUCUUACGGAAGGCUUGUGUGACAUGGGACAGAAUGUCUGAACCGUAUAUGUGAUGUCUUCAUGUGAAGGGUAGAACCUUGUUUCAGCAGACUGGUGAUGCACUGUUCACGACAUACGGGCAGAAUAGAACUUUCGAGUUGUUCAGUACUUUACUUGGCCAUUGCUGGACUGGCGUUGGUAAUUUUUUUGUAUUGUUCUUAAAAAAAAUCGUUCUAGCGUAGCCGCUCUAAUCUGGAAGGGGUGCUACCUGCCUUAAAGGAAAAAAAACUACGUACUGCUGGCUUCAGCACUUGCGUAAAAGAUCGCAUGUCCUGCACUGGUGUAAGUAGGCUUUAGUUACCGAAAUAGACAUUGUCUUUCUAUAUCCUCCACACGACUACGAAUGAAAAAAAGAUCGAAGAUAGUGAGCCCAAGGUGAACAGUAUCGUACAAUUUUUUUCUCCUUUUCAUGAAAAUGGUUGUCGACCGAAAGUUCACGCCCAGAUAGCGUGAAAAAAGUUGCGUUGAGAAAGACAUAAUGGAACUUGCGAUUCGGUUGGUCCAGAAACUUCGUACGUCGUACUAACUGAGGACAAUUUGUUGGAAUUUCAUUCCUUCGUGAGGUCAUCUGUUCCAACCGGGAAAGUUGGGGUGCUUUGAAGAAAUGUUCAGUUAUGUAAAAGUCGCUUUCAGGAAAGUGAAUUGCUGCCGACGUUCUCACAUAAGACGUCUCAUGUGGAGCACCGGAAUAUGGAGCUGCAAAGUACAGCAGGGUGACGCCAUCUGAAAUUCUGUUCCCUCAAAGCAUGUCUUCUUAGUAAUGUGCACCGGCACGUAUCUGCUUCCUUACAUUCAUGAGUUUGUCUGCGUAACCAAAUGAAGAGUGCAGUAUUGUUUGCCAAGAUAUGUGUAUAUAUAUUUUAAUGGUGUUUUAAGCUAAACGAAGCACAGAGUACAGAGCUACCUUCUUCACUUGUUGACCGUGCUGUGUUUGUUAUGACAAGAUUUUACUUUAUUGUUGUAAUAAAUAAAAAUGUAUUUGUUAUGUAC